AUGUUAGGAUAUCUGGCAUUGUUGACCGCGUUCUCUGCUCUAGCCUGUGCCAGAGAUGUGAUCGUGAACCUUGGGUAUGCACAGUAUCGAGGGCAGGAACUCUCCAAUGGCGUCGCACAGUGGCUAGGGAUUCGCUACGCUGCACCUCCUGUUGGGCCGUUGCGUUUCUCGGCGCCGCAGGACCCUGAGGAUGAAACUGAAAUUCAGAACGCAACUCAGCAUGGUUCUAUGUGUAUCCGGACAUCCAGGUACCCGGCUCCAGAAGGCUCAGCUGAGGACUGUCUUUUUCUAGAUGUGUACGCACCUGCAGGGGCCACAGGAGCCUCGCCGAGGCUCCUUCCUGUAUACGUCUUCAUACAAGGUGGCGGCUUCAGCAGCAACGGGAACCCCUAUAACAAUGGAACAGGCUUGGUCCAAGCCUCGGACAUGAACAUCGUUGUUGUCAAUUUCAAUUAUCGCGUCGGUCCAUAUGGCUUCUUGGCUGGCUCCGAGAUCGUCCAAGGCGGCAGCGUGAACAAUGGCCUGAAAGAUCAAAUCAAGGUUCUUGAAUGGGUUCAGAGCCAUAUCAAAGAGUUUGGAGGUGACCCGGACCAUGUGGUCCUUGGAGGUGACAGCGCUGGUGGGGCAUCGGUAACCCUACUUCUCUCUGCGUACGGCGGCCGGGACGACGGCCUCUUCCACGCUGCUGCCGCCGAAUCCCAGAGCUUCGCCAAUAUGUUGACUGUAGACGAGGCCCAGUAUGCCUACGACAAUUUGGUCAACCGCACAGGCUGCACCGGCGCGGGGGACACGCUCGGCUGCCUCCGCGACGUGGACAUUGAUACCCUUCAGCGCGAAAACAUUGUCACGCCAUUCCCCGGCACACAACGCCGUCCUCUCUACAUGUACGGACCGGUUAUCGAUGACAACCUUGUCCCAGACUACACAUACCGCAUGUUCCAGCAAGGCAGAUUCAUCAAAGUCCCCGUAAUAUUCGGCGACGUAACCAACGAAGGCACAAAAUUCGUCCCUGAAAACCUCAGUUCCCUAUCCGCAGUACAAGUCUGGCUCCAAGCGCAAUGGCCCGCCCUUACAUCUGAGCAUUUCUCUAGGAUAAACGAGUACUACCUCCAGGUUGUCAACUCCACUCAACCGUAUCCCAACUCGACCCGAUACUGGCGCCCAGUAAGCGAUGCCUACGGCGAGAUUCGCUACGUCUGCCCCGGCAUCGCCUUGUCCGGCGCGUACGCCGAUGCGAACGUUUCCAAUUGGAACUACCGCUACGCAGUCCAGGACCCAGAUGAUGAAGCCUCCGGGCUAGGUGUUUAUCAUGUUGUUGAGCUCAAUGCUAUUUGGGGACCAGAGAACGUCUAUUGGACGGACACCGUCGGGACUGAACCCCCGGCAUCGUAUUAUACAUCUAAUGCGGAUAUCAUCCCGAUUAUGCAGGGUUACUGGACAAGCUUCAUCAGAAGCUACGAUCCGAACACGUAUCGUUAUCAGGGGAGUCCGAGGUGGGAGGAAUGGAGUGAAGAUGAACGAAUCUUCAUUCGGACGGGUGAGACGAGAAUGGAGAGUGUUCCGGGAAACCAGAAAGAAAGGUGUGAGUACUUAACUUCAAUUGGCGUGGAAUUGAGGCAGUGA